GCAUGUGUCCCUCCUCCUGUGAGUCUGGGCGGCUUCCGGUUUCCGGCCUGUGUUCCAGGGGCCUGAGCGGCGCAGGGAGGGAAGGAUGGUGCUCAUUAAGGAGUUUCGUGUCCGUCUGCCCAUAUCUGUGGAAGAGUACCAGGUGGGCCAGCUCUUCUCAGUGGCUGAAGCCAGCAAGGAUAAUACAGGAGGUGGAGAGGGGAUUGAAGUCCUGAAGAAUGAGCCUUAUGAGCGGGAGGGUGAGAAGGGACAAUACACCCACAAGAUCUACCACUUACAGAGUAAAGUCCCCAGUUUUGUCAAGAUGCUGGCCCCCGAAGGCUCCCUGGUAUUUCACGAGAAGGCAUGGAAUGCCUAUCCCUACUGCCGCACAAUUGUCACAAAUGAAUACAUGAAAGACGAUUUCUUCAUUAAGAUCGAGACGUGGCAUAAACCGGAUUUUGGGACCCUGGAAAAUGUACAUGGAUUGGAUGCAGAGACCUGGAAGGAGGUGGAAAUUGUACCUAUUGAUAUCGCAGAUUGCUCUGAAAUCUCAGAAGAUGACUACAAGCCAGAAGAGGACCCUGCUGUAUACAGAUCGGAGAAGACGGGGAGAGGGCCAUUAACGAAGGAUUGGAUGAACGAGAUCGUUAACAACCCCUCUAGUCCUCACAUGUGUGCCUACAAACUAGUGACUGUCAAAUUCCGAUGGUGGGGCCUUCAGGGUAGAAUGGAGAAGUUUAUUCACAAGCAAGAGAAGCGCCUCUUCACAAACUUUCACCGCCAGCUUUUCUGCUCCCUGGAUCGGUGGGUGGAUCUGACCAUGGAUGACAUCCGCCGUAUGGAAGAUGAAACACAGAGAGAGCUGGAUGAGAUGCGGCAAAAAGGACAAGUCAGGGGGAUGACUGCGAAAGACGAGUAAACUUAUUAUUUUUUUUUUUAUUCUUGGCUCCAUGGACUUACAGAUUCCUCUCAGGCGGAGUCUGCCACAUCUUUCUUCCUCUCAUUGGCUGGACUGCACGGGGUGGGGCGUUUUUCUACGUUCUGACGAGAAAGGAGAGGAAGAGCUGCUGGCCCCACUCCCUACCACCCAUUUCAUUGUCGUCGUGCCCCCCCUCGGCUUCUCUCAUUUAACUUUUUGUCUGCCCAGUUUUUCCAGGGGUAGUAUUUAGCCAUGUCCUGCCCCUGCCGGCCAUUCUCUCUACAAAAUGAACCUUUCCCCCCCCCCCCCCCCCUUUUUUUUUCCACCACUAUUGCUGCAGAACUGGCGAUGGGAACCAAGGAAAAGUUGGCGCUCUUUCGUACUCCCCGUUCCAAUUAUGACAUCCAAAAAUCACCCUGGGGCCCAGUAUUGUGCAUCAAGAAGGGAAUGGCGUGCCUGUGUAAACCUAAAUGAUCUCCUUUUUGUGCAUUACAUGCUUAUCGAGGCAACCGCUGUGUUGUACUUGUCUGCGCAGGCGCCAAGAUCCUGACCUUCGCUAGUAGUGAAGCUGCCAAGACGCAGCAUUUGUCCAAUGGGCUGUUAGUGGGAGCGUCACAAUAAGACUGUUGGACUGGAUGACACGGCAGUUGCGCCUUGGUUAACAAUGUCGUCCAGCAGUGAAGGGGUUAUUUUUUUUUUUGGUCGCUGUUGCAGCUAGUGACGGCCCGCUUGUACCUGUUGACCCCACGUGGCCCAAUGAAUGACAUGUUUACCUUUUUGGAUAAGGAACCCAACAUGGCCAUCUCCCCCUUUGUAUGACGGGUGCACUUCAAUGAUUCCCAAAGGCCCCUUUUGCUUCGAGGGGGUGUUUUUGGUACAGCUGUUGAGGAUUUAAUACCGAAUAAUUUGGCUUUGGCAGGAGAAGAAACAAUUACACGUGCCAUUUUUUUUUUU